AUGGCACAAUCUCCCUCCUCCAUCGUUUAUUCUGCAGGCUCAAAUUCUCUUGGUCAGCUGGCUUCGGCUGGCUCAAAUGAUAGCCAUACCUUUGGUCGAUGCAUCUUCCAAGGCAUUCAGGACGGACGGCUGACCGGAAGCAAAGUCCUAUCGAUCGCGCAAUGUGCAAACCAUAGCCUCCUUCUCCUGCGAAAACAGGAGGGAACAACUGAAUUAUGGGGUUCUGGUGACGGGCGCAAAGGUCAACUAGGAGCCAGAUAUUCUCAGGAGUUUGGCGCCUCCCCCGUCUUCCAUCGUAUUUUCCCUCAUCAAGAUGUACCCCGAUAUGCUGAUUGCGAUAUCACACUCAUUGCCGCUUCUUGGGAAUCCUCUUUCGUAGUCCUUUCUGGUCCAGACAAUGAUAUACUCCUAUCUUCUGGGGGUGACGAUUUUGGCGAUCUUGGCGUAGGUGGCUUACCGGGAGGGAAAAAACAAAGCGACAAAUGGCUGGCCGUCGGAUUUAGUCACCUGCUCCCGAAGAAUACUUCGAAUAUGCGGAUAUCCGAUUUGAAGGCUGGUCUUCACAAUGUUAUUGUGAAGCUGGUGUAUCGGGACUCCGACACACGGGACGUCGAGCUUCUCGUAGGAUGGGGUGCUGCGCGACAAGGUCAACUGGGACAAGAAAAUUUGACCAAGAAGCCGCAGCCCAUAGUUGACUCUCCUCGAAUCCUCAGGUUUCCGUCAUCUAUCAGUAGCUUUGCUGUCGGGAAUCAACACGCAGUCUUCGUGGCUUCUGACGGACUUGUAUUUCCGUUAGGGUCCAACAGAAAAGGCCAGCUUGCGGGACUUGACUCGGUCAAGAAUAUAUGCGCAGUUGGCGCAACUUGGAACGGCACAUACCUUCUGCAAAAGCACCAAUCCUCCGAUAAAAGGUGGUCUAUUCUGGCUACUGGGAGCAAUUCACAUGGGCAAUUGGCCUGCGCUUCUAAUUCCGACUCUGGCGCGUCUGUAGCUCAACUGCGGCGCAUAUCUUUACCCACCAAUGUUUCGGAAGCAGAAUCCUUGAGUAUCACAUGUGGCAGUGAACAUGUUCUGGUCGCUUCUCUGACUGGCGCCCAAGUGGAUGACGAAAUGGGUGUCUUCGCAUGGGGUUGGAAUGAACAUGGCAACCUCGGUUUGGGUCACACAGAUGACGUUCACGAACCUUCACGAAUAUGGCCGCCGGCUAAUCUUCCGCAAGAAGGCAAGGUGGUGGGCGUUUGGGCUGGCUGUGCCACGAGCUGGGUAGUGAUUGAGGAAACGUAAAACUUUCACGAGUGCUUUGGAUGUCUUCACACUCAUCUAAUUGGACACCUAUCCGUAUUAACCUUGUAUCAAUGGCGAACAGAAUCUAAAU